AUGUAUCGUUUGGCAGUUCUUUUUCUGCUGUUAAGUCCGGCACUUUGUCUGUUCAAUACCAAUGAUGAUGUUAUCAAACUCACAGACCAAAACUUUGACCAAGUAACAUCAAGCAAGGAACUAUGGUUUAUUAUGUUCUAUGCAUCUUGGUGUGGACACAGUAAAAAUGCUGCUCCAGAUUGGAAACGAUUCGCCACUAAUUUUAAGGGUAUUAUAAAAGUUGGUGCGGUUGAUUCAGAAAACAACCCUACGGUAACUCAACGGUUUUCUGUUCAGGGCUUUCCAACAAUUAUUAUAUUUGGAGAUAAUAAACACAGUCCUAAACCAUAUACGGGUGGUAGAGAUAUUGAUCAUCUCAACAAAGAGGCUAUGCGCGAACUUACUUCUUUAGUGAAAUCUAGGACUGGUUCUGGAUCGUCUGAUGACUCUGACAAAGACGAUGUAAUAGAGCUUACGGACAGCAAUUUUGAUGAAAUGGUUCUCAACAGUCAAGAGCCGUGGUUGGUAGAAUUUUUCGCCCCUUGGUGUGGUCAUUGUAAAAAUUUGAAACCUCAUUGGGACAAAGCAGCUCGUGAAUUGAAAGGAACUGUCAAAUUAGCCGCUUUGGAUGCCACGGUUCAUAGUCGAAUGGCUCAGAAAUAUGGGAUUCGAGGUUAUCCUACCAUCAAAUUUUUCCCUGCUGGACCGAAAACAGAUGACCCUAUUGAUUAUGAUGGUGCUCGAAGUGCAGAUGCGAUCGUUGCGUGGGCUAUGGAAAAAGCCGAUGCUUCUGCUCCAGCACCAGAGAUUGUUGAAUUGACUUCAGCAAGUAUUUUAAAAGAAGCUUGUGAAGAUCGUCCACUUUGCAUCAUCAGUGUUUUUCCUAUGUUAUUUGAUUGUCAAUCAGAAUGUCGUAAAAAGUACCUGGAUUUACUAAAAUCAGAGGCUGAUAAAUUUAAAAAGCAGAAAUGGGGAUGGAUUUGGACUGAAGCACUCAAACAUUCUAAUCUAGAAAAUGCACUCGAUAUUGGAGGUUCAGGAUAUCCUGCUAUGGUUGCUGUACAUGGGCGUAAAAAGAAAAGGACUACAUUACGAGGAGCAUACAGCUCAGCUGGAGUCCAUGAUUUCCUAAGACAACUUUCAGUUGGCGGCGCAACACUUCCUCUAUAUGAUGUGAAUUCGUUACCCGAAAUAAAAACUGUUGAACCCUGGGAUGGAAAAGAUGCUCAGCCUAUUGAAGAACAAGACGACGACGAUUUAAAAGUGGAAUUAUAA